UAUUAUUCUUCUUCCCUGUGGUCUUUCUUCCUGCCCCCGGCUUAUCCUCAGCCUCUUUCUCGACUUUCUCCUCGUGUCUCCCCCCUCUUUUCCCCCCCUCGUCCUCCUCACAUCCUCACUUCCCCCCGUUCUUUCAAAAGUGCCUGGCUGAGUAGAACGUAUCUCCGGGCUGGUGUUUCGUGUUCUUUUUUUAUACUUGCGGGUUUUCUCUCCUCUUGACGCUCGCUCCGGCGCCGCCACUAUCACUUCAUCCCCGACUCGCCUUCGCCUUGCCACGACUCUUCCUCGUUCCCACAGGCCUAUCGUUAUCAAUUAUCCCCUUCGCAUAGACACUCAUUGAAUCCAGUCACCAUGGCUGAAGGCAAGAAGACCGACGACUACACGAUCCAGAUGGAUUCGAUAGACCAGAGCAACAAGAGCUUCGAGGCGCCGCCGCCGCCUCAGCCCAGGAGUCCGCCGUCGGGCUCGCUGUCCAACAACCCCAUCUUGCCCGUCCUGGCCUAUUGUGGAUCCUCGAUUUUGAUGACCGUCAUGAACAAAUAUGUCUUGUCCGGCACUGACUUCAACCUCAACUUUUUCCUCCUCUGCAUCCAGUCUCUCGUUUGUAUCAUCGCUAUCCAGACCUGUAAAUCAUGUGGUUUGAUCACUUAUCGCGACUUCAGCGCGGACGAGGCUAGAAAGUGGUUCCCCAUCACUCUGCUCUUGAUCGGCAUGAUCUACACGGGCUCUAAGGCGCUUCAGUUCCUCUCGAUUCCCGUCUACACCAUCUUCAAGAACUUGACCAUCAUCCUUAUCGCUUACGGAGAGGUGCUGUGGUUUGGUGGCUCCGUCACCGGUCUUACCCUGUUCUCUUUCGGAUUGAUGGUCCUGAGCUCUAUCAUUGCCGCCUGGGCUGACAUCAAGCACGCUGUCGAGAGCAAUGGCGAUGCGACCGCCAAGGUGUCUACUUUGAAUGCAGGCUAUAUCUGGAUGCUGGUCAACUGCCUCUGCACGUCGUCCUAUGUUUUGGGCAUGCGCAAGCGGAUCAAGCUGACCAACUUCAAGGACUUUGACACCAUGUUCUACAACAACCUUCUGUCGAUCCCCGUCCUGAUCGUUCUGUCCGCUUUCUUGGAAGACUGGUCAUCCACCAACGUCAACCGCAACUUCCCUCCCAUGGACCGCAACAGCAUCGUUUUCGCCAUGAUCCUCUCCGGUUUGUCGUCUGUGUUUAUUUCCUAUACCUCCGCCUGGUGCGUUCGCGUCACUUCGUCGACCACUUACUCCAUGGUUGGAGCUCUGAACAAGCUUCCCAUUGCUAUCUCUGGACUUAUUUUCUUCGAUGCCCCUGUUACCUUCCCCAGCGUUUCGGCUAUCGUCGUUGGCUUUGUUAGCGGUAUCGUCUACGCCGUUGCUAAGAUCAAGCAAAACGCUAAGCCAAGGACUGGUGUCUUGCCGACCGCCAACCCCCCGGUCAGCGCCAGCAGCCAGAGUAUGCGGGACUCGCUGCGUUCCUAAAUCGAUUUGCCUAGAGAUCAACGGGAUGGUCGGGUCGUUGUGGGCGACUGCUCCGGCUUGAUCAUUGUCGAGGUUUCUCCGUACCGAGUUCGAGAAUGUGCUCGUUACUCGCAUGUGAUAUGUGAUUCUUCGUUUCGUUGUAGUUGGCGGGGGCUGUUGUUCAAACCCUGAGUCACAGUCUUCAUUCCUUCCUCGGCAGGUGUUGGUGGUUCUGUAUUCAAUAUCCACGCGCCGAGCUACCUGAAAGGCCUCCAUUUUGCUGUUGUUGGUCUUUCAGCUUUGCUUAUCAAAUAUCUGCCCCGAUCAUGACCCUUUUCGUAUAUUCUUUUUGUUUCCUUUAUCGGGCUGCGCAGAUGGCUUCCAUUUGAAUAUCGUCUAGUAAUGCCGUGGAUUGAUAUGACAUGUCUCAUUUUUUGCUGAUCAUGGCGUGUUCCGUGUUCUUGCCUGUGGCGUGGCCUCGCAAAGUAAGGUUUCGUGCGGUUGAGGAUUCAUCAAAAAGGAAGGCCUUUUCUGGUGUAUAAGCCUGUAUAUAAGAAGUUUUUUCUUUUUCUAGUGCCUUUUUAAUAAACUUUAUAGAAUUGAAGCGUCUUUUUUUGGGGAUGACAGAAGAUUACUCCGUGGCAGGAGCACUAGUCGUCGAGGUUGCGCUCAGAGUUCUUUCUAGAUGAUAAG